AUGUCGGAGAUCCGGGUGAAAAGCCCUGAGGUGGAUCCGCCGAGCGAUGUGCCGGAGCCCAGCUGGUGCAGCGGAGUGCGCAACCUGCUGCAGAAUGACCAGGCGCCCAAGGCGCUCAAGUUGGCGGACCGCGCCCUGCGUGAGGCCUUCAAGCGAAAGGACAAGGGUGGAGAAGCACGAGCCCGACAGAUGCAGGUCUUCGUCCUCUUGAAGCUUCCUGGUGAAGAUCCUUCGGAUAUCGCUGAGGUGGCAAAGAAGGCAGCAGAGGUUCUUAAGGCCUCCGAAGAUCAAGCCGCAGAGAUUUGGAUCCUGCGCGUCAUUUGCCUGCUGGAAGCGGAGGCCUUGCAAGUGGAUGAGGCCAUCGAUGUGGCCAACAGGAUGCUUGCGAGAGCUCGAGAUUUCUCGGAUUCGCGCGCCGAGGCCUUGGCCCACCUUACCAUGGCGGAGCUGUGUCGUCUCACUGGGCAGCUGGAGAAGGGGCAGAAUGCCGCGGAACACGCCAUGUCGCUGUUUCUGCGCUGUGGUGAUCGUGCCGGUCAGGGGGCCACUCGCCAGGCCCUGUCGGACUUGGCUCGACUCGAUGGUGAUAGUGACCAAGCAUUUCAGGCGGCUAGCAGUGGGCUGAAGUACUUCCAGGGUGAUGCAAAGUGCUACGUCUCACGCGAGAUCAGUGGCAUGGCUGGGGCCUUCUACCGACAGGCCAUGGCCUUGCUCGACUUGGCCGAAGAGGUGGAAGCGUUGCGGCUGGCGGAGAAGGCUGUCAAGGUUUGCUUUUCCGACAAGAUGCCAGACUGGGAGGCGCAGGCUCUGACGGUUCUGGCACAGGCCAAGCUGUCUGUGUGUGAUUCCAAAGGCGACGGUGCUGACAUGAACCACACCCUCUUGAAGGUCACGCAGCUGGCUGCUGAUCGCGUGACACGCUGGCGGCCCUUCCAUCGCACGCUGCUGGCACAGGCCCUGAGCACCUUAAGCGACGGCCUGCUGCGGACUGAGGCCUUUCAUAGCGCCAUGGCCUCGGCGAAGGAUGCAAAACGGUUGUACGGCAAGGCCGGUCAAGACCUAUUGGCGGCCAAAGCGCAGCUGAAGCUCGCUGAGGCAGAGGUGGGUUUGGGUCGAGCCGAGCAGGCGAAAGAAGACCUCGAAGAGGUCUUUGAAGCCUUUAAGGCCGCAGAGCAUUUCGAUGGUCAGGAUCGAGUACUUGAUUUAAUGGAUGUGGCAAACAAGGCCCUAGGCUUGCCCACACGCGCCGAGCUGGCCGAGAAGAAACGACAGGAACGGCAGAAGCAACAGCAGCUUUUGGCGCAGCAGUAUUGGGCGCAGCAGCAAGCGCUGGGUGCAGCACCUGCGAAUGUACUGCCACCGCAGAUGAUGGUGCAAGGAGAUGUGGAGCAAGGCAAGGUGGAAAAGACACAGAAGGCGGAACUUCAUCGUGAAGCAAGUCCUUUGGAACUGAAAGCAGGUAUGGACGUGGCAACCAUCAAGUCCAAAGUGACCCAGGUGGCAUCUAUCAUCAUGGGUGGUGAGGAUGACUUUGAGGCUGACACGCCCCUGAUGGAGGCUGGCCUCACGAGCAACACGGCCAUGGUGCUGCGGGACGAACUCUCCAAAGAUCUGCCGGGGAUCAAGUUGCCCAUGACCCUGAGCUUUGACUAUCCAUCCGUGCAGGCGAUCGCAGAUUUCGUGAUGGAUCAAAGCAAGAUGAUUGCAGGAUGA